AUGUUAACAGAACAAUCUAUUGCUAAAAUGAAGGUGGCAGAGUUGAAGGAAGAGUUGUCAAAGAGAGGUGUGUCUACCACUGGAAUGUUAAAAGCAGCAUUGGUGGAUGCAUUAAAAAAGUUUUUAGAUGAAACAACAACAACUACAGCAACAACUACAGCAACAACAACAGAAUCAACAAAGAAAGUAGAUAAUAAAGUUAUAGAAGAUACAACAGCAACAGCAACUACAACGACAACAACAGAAGUAACUGAAACAAAAACUUCAAUAAAUAAUGCCAAGGAUGAUACAGAAACAGCUUCAGUUGUUGUCGCUACAUCAAUUACAAAAGAAACUACAUCAGAUGUUAAAGAAGAUUCUUCAGAGAAACCACAAGAAGAUAAUAAAAAUAAGACACCAAUAGAAACAAAAACAAAUACAGAAUCAGAAGUAGUAGCAGAAAAGGAAAAUGUGGAAAUGAAAGAUGUAGAAAUUUCAAAGGAUAAUAAUAAUACAGAAGAUAAGGAUAAAGAUAAGAUGAAGGAAAAGAUAAAAGAAAGAUUGGAGAAAGAGACAAAAGAAAGAGAGGAAUUGUUAAAGUCACAAUUGGAUAAGAAGAGAAAGGAUACAGAGGCAGGUAGUACGACCACCACUGUUGUUGAAAAUACAAGUAAUUCUACUUCAAGUGCAGAGUCAAAGAAACAGAGAACAAAUUCACCAACAACAACAACAACAACUACUACUACAACUAGUACAUCACCAACAACUGGUGUAUCUGGUACAACAUCACCAAUACCGACACCAACUAAACCAGUCAGUAGAACAUUGAUUAUCGAUAAGUUUGUAAGACCUUUCAGAAUAGAGAUGGCGAAACAAUUGGUUUCAGAGACUGGCGAUGUAGAGAAGUUCUGGAUGAACGAUAUUCGAAGUUAUGCAUUUGUGACCUACGCAACAGAGGAACAAGCAGUCAACACUCGUAAUGCACUCUAUGGAUUGGUAUGGCCACCACUCAACCGUUCAAAGUUAAUCGUCGACUUUUCAUCGGAAGAGGAGUUUGAGAAUGCAGAGAAACAUCCACAAUCCGUUACACCCGUUCUUUUAAGAUCAUCAUCAUCACCAAACAACAGCAACAACAGCAAUACUACUACCAAAUCAAGGAAAGAAAGAAAGAAGGAGAAAUUGGCAGCUAAAAUAGAAGCAAAAGAAGCAAAAGAGUUAAAAGAGUCGAAAGAAGUAAAAGAGUCAAAUAGCAAACAACUACUACAACAAGAAUCACAAGGUGAUUCAUCCAAUACUCCUUCAUCUUCAUCAACAAAAAAAGAUAAAGAAAAAGAAUCAAUUGAUCAUUAA